AUGUCUCCACUACUCGUAACCCAGCCUUUCGAGAUUGCAAACCUGCAGAACCUUAGUGUUGGACGAGCACUUCCUUCUCUUCAAACUGGAUAUGAAGGCCCAACCAUGGUCAAAGGAGCAGGAUGGUCUCUUCCGUCUGGUGCAUACACAGCCCGUCAGAUCGUGGAGGGUUGUGCACCUCUGCUAGAGACUGUACUGUACCACCUUGGUCCAUCGCCAUCUGAUCAACCUUCGGCGCGUGACAUGCUGCUAGACAAUCUCGCCUCAAACCUCGCUCUCGGCACUCGCGAGUCAAGUCUCGAUAUCCCUACAAACAGUGCCAGUCGCAAGGAGUUUGCUGCACAAGCAGUCAAGAUUGGCAAGACCCUCGUCACCUACGCUCGCGAGACAAAAGAUGUGGCUUACGACUCAACGUACGCCAUUCGCAGCCCAUGCGAAGGACACCUUCUCAAGCCUCCUGUCGCCCAACUCAUGUUCGGCCCUCGCAGCUUGGGUCAUUUGAUGCAGAUUUACAACGAGUAUCUUCAUCAGAUGGUACUGCUUCGUGAUGCCCUCCUGCCGUUCGAGAACUACGAUCAAGUCAUAAUUCCCAUUACCGGCGGCAAAUCAAAGCAACAGCUGGGUAUGAGGUUCACUGAACCACAGAGAGCGAGCUUCAUUGCUGAGCUCAUGACAAAGUUGACGACGCAAAAGUCUGUUUUCAAGGUCGGCCAACAACUCCUCGCACCCAACAUGCCUUCGGACAUUGCUUAUGGCUUUCAAUACAAGUACGGCAUUGUCCUUCCUGCCGCCGUGGUGGGAGGUCAAUCUCUGCGUCUGCUGCGCUAUAUCCCUUCCGUCAUCGAUGAAACCACCCCAGAGGUCACCUUUGAGUACGAAUUUGCAGACUACUACUCUGCACCCCGAGUCCAAGUUCCGCAACUUCUCCAGCGUGUCGAGAAGGAUCAGACCCCUGUCACAGCCUUCGAUGCUAAACAGCACGGCCUAGAAGACUGCUCGUUCGCCAUAGCCACCAACUCGAACUCCAGCUCGACUUCGCGUAUUCUGCAACUCCUUCUCUCGCACCGCAAUGGGCAAUGCUCAGCCGUCGACGUCGGUCAGAUCUCGCGUGGUUGGCGCUACAGCUACAAAGUCUCCAGUACCAAAGGUCACACACCUUCCGCUCAGUCCAGCGCCGCAGUAUCGGUGCAUUCCGCCUCUGAGUUCCUUGCCAGCUCUGAGGAAGAACAGAUCGGAAUGGCUUUCGGCACUCUCUUCUCCACUGAGGCCACCACAACUUGCCGUUUGGAUAUCCGCAAGAUCGUUCUUCAGCCCACCGAUGACAACACUGAAGAUACCAAGGUCGACCCCAAGGGUCCUGUCCUGGAGAAGAAGAAGAAGAAGGCGCAAAACACUUCCACCGAUGAUGUGCUCCAGCGUGAAUUCCCUUCGAGCACCUCCAUCAACUCUCAGUCGUCCAAGAAGAAGCCAAAGCUUACCGACGACAUCCCACCUCGCACCACUCGUGCCAAAAUCAAGUCGGCUGCCAGAUCCAAGAAACCUGAAGAUGAAGACGAGUAA